GCAAACGAACAAUCGCCGCCAAAAUAUCCGACAGUGCAUGCGCGUGAUCGUCGUGGUUGCGCGGGCCGCGGCUUUCAUUCGGCUUUCGGAGCUCAGUGUCGGUGUGUCGACGUGAAACUAUACGUAUACGCAUCUUCCUAUCUAUCUUGCACUCCCUCCCCGUCUCUCCCUCACGCGAGGAAAAAAAGCAAACGCUCGAAGACUUAGCGACGAAAACAUGUCUGGACGUGGCAAAGGCGGUAAGACCAAGGGGAAGGCGAAGACCCGCAGCAGCAGGGCAGGUCUACAGUUUCCUGUAGGGAGGAUUCAUCGUCUCCUCAGAAAAGGUAACUACGCAGAGCGCGUCGGUGCCGGUGCACCGGUCUAUCUCGCCGCCGUGAUGGAAUAUUUGGCGGCCGAAGUGCUCGAGUUGGCAGGAAACGCCGCCAGGGACAACAAAAAGACUAGGAUAAUCCCUCGUCACUUGCAACUGGCCAUUCGCAAUGACGAAGAAUUGAACAAAUUGUUGUCCGGAGUGACUAUUGCUCAAGGUGGAGUCCUGCCUAAUAUCCAAGCAGUACUGCUGCCAAAGAAAACUGGCACCAGUGGAUCUGGCAAGGGCGACAAGGCGUCGCAGGAAUAUUAGAUUUAUUAUAACUUUUAAUAACCAUAACUCUAGAGACAUGCCUUUGUUUCUUAAAACAAUCGAAGAAAGAAGAAUGAAUGUCUACAGAUCUGUGCGACAGGGUGGGAUUUUACAUAAUUCUGGAGAUAAUAAUGUAGAGUUUGAUAAACAUUACAUCAUCACAUUAAAUUCCUUAUUAUUUCAUCAUUUUCACAAAUCCAGAUCUGUGAACAUAAUCUUUUUUUUUAUUGACAACUACUGGCCUACAGUCAAAUUUUUGUAUUUUAGAAAGCUAGAUGAAGCUAUCAUUUCAAUGUAUACUCUUUUUUUUUAAGUCCUGUCCAAAACACUGUUGAAAAUAUCAUUACCAUCUUGAAGUGUAUUUGAUACUGAAUUAUAUGUUGGUUGAAGUGCGUGAACAAUAAUUCUAAACUUCUGUCCCGAUUUUAAUGCCACACGCGAUAUAUGACAGUUAUUUUAUUUAAAAACUUGUUACAGUUACACAUUCUUUUUUGCACGCAUACAUAUAUAUUCACAUCUUCUGUGUUUUUUUCCAAGUUUUAAUUUUUUUCUUUUGCGUCAUUAAUUUAUUCUAAUUUUUCCAUAUCUUAUUAAAUAAAAAUUUGAAAAUUAUAAAAACGCUUGAAUGUUUUUGUUGAAUGUAAACGAUAUUUAAUGCAAAAAUAAAUAGUAUUGCGUCCCUACAUGAAGUUUAAUUCACAAGUGUGUAAUCCUUUUAGAUUUAUAAAAAUAAAACUUCGUUACAGAAAGAA